CUCAAAGGCUAGGUUGGGCUGAGCGUGUACUAAAGCUCUGAAGCCCAUUUUUCCACCAAGGCUUCUCCUUCUUCGUCUUCACGUCGCCAGACCAGCAUAAGGAUCGAAUUCGCGAGACAGACCCUGAGGUGGAUAUGAGUGAGACUAGUAGCAGUAGUGAUGAUUCUGAUGAUAUGUGUGAUAUUGGACAGCUUCUGUUCCUCAAGUUAGCUACUUACAUUGUCAAGGCAAGCAGUUCACAAUCAUCUUUGGAUCAUAGUUCUGAAGAACUGUCAACUGGUACUUCUUUAGUGAAAGCAAACACACCGAUGCAGGGUUCCGGUUCUACUGGAAAGAGGUCGCGAAAAGAGGGAACAAGUAGGAAAAGGAAGAAGAAAGCUACUGAAACUGUUCAAAACACUGAAUUUCAGACAUUGGUAGCCAAUAUGAAAUGCCAAGAUGAAGAAAAACGUUCUUAUUAUGCUGUGAAGAAAGAAUAUUAUGAAGUGAAGAAGAAUGGCAAGCUUGUGGACCCAACAUGUGAACAAUCGGUUAAGGCUUUGGUCGAUCUAGAUAUCGAGGAGUCUCAUCCUGAUGUGUUCUACUUUGGUGUUGAGUUGUUCAACGACAGUUCUCGGAGGCAGAUGUUCUUGGCAUUACCACAAAGUGCCCGUUUUAGCUAUCUAGAAAGACUUUUCAACAAGAGUGGUGGACAUGCUCCAUUAGGCUGAUUUAGUUGUUACAACUUCUAUUGACUUUAGUUUUUCCUUCUUAUGGAUAUGUGUUUUGAAUUUGGGUUUGAUUGAGAUGUUUUCAAGAUUUCGACAUGUUGUAUCACGGGCAUGAAAAA